GACGUCAAAUAUCAAAAUAGACGAUCAUAAUCAAAAAAUGAUAGUAAAAUAUCAUAGUAUAAGAUGUGAAGGCAAAUCUACUAGUUUAUUGUUUUCUAUUAUAGAAAAAUAAUAGAAAAAUUAUAGGAAAACAAGUUAAAAAAAAAAAAAUAAAGGAGAAUUUUAUGAUUAUAGGUUCUGAUUUCUUUUUGAAGGUACUCAAUUCUGUUGUUGUAGUCGGACUGUAUUAUGGAUUUCUUACCACAUUUUCAAUAAGGUCCUCUUAUUUCUUUUUUGUGCGAACUAUGGUUAUGGAAAAAGAACCAAAUACAAAUAAGAAGGUAGCAGCAACCACUGGUUUUUUUUAUGGGACAGCUCAUAAGAUUCGUAUCCAUCUAUUAUGCGCCCCUUUAUCUAGCUUUGGGUAGACCUCAUACAAUAACUGUCCUUGCUUUACCUUAUCUUUUGAUUCAGCUUUUCUUGAACACUGAAAAAAAAAUUUUUGCUUAUGGAUCUAAUAACCAAAAUUCAAUCCGUGAUCUAGAGAAUAUCUUUGUAUUCCUCAAUCAUCUUAUUUUUCAGUUGCUUAACAUUUGUAUUUUACCAAGUUCAACGUUAGCCCGAUUAGUAAGCAUUUAUCUGUUUCGCUGUAACAAUAAGAUGUUGUUUGUAAUAAGCAGUUUUUUUGCUUGGGGAAUUGGACAAAUUUUAGUCAUCAAUUGCUUGGAAUUUUUAGUAGUCUGGAUACAGAAAAAUUUAGUAAUCUGGAUACAUAAAAAUAAUGUUAUUAGAAAGUACCUAGUCAGAAAUUCUAUCUUUUUUAUUUUACUAAAUUGUAGUUUUGGAAGUAUAGUAUGUAUUCUAAGUAUUCAGUCUUUAGGCAGAACACCCUUACCUAUUCCUACUCAGAAAUUUAGUGAGGUCUCAAAAAUAGAACAAAGGGAAAAGGAAAGGUUGCAAAAGGAGGAAGAAAAAGACGUAGAAAAAAAAAAGAAAUCCACUGAAGAAGAUCCUUCCCUUUUUUCCGAAGAAAAGGGUAUUUUGGAAAAAGAAUUGGACUUGAAAGUAAACGAACCGGACUUGGAAGGAUCUGAUUCUGAAUUGGAAAUCCUUGAAAAAUAUGAAAAUAAAGAACAUAUUGUGGCUCUUCUUUUUGAUUAUAAAAGAUGGACUCGGCCAUUUCGCUACAUAAAAAAUAAUAGACUUGAACAAGCGGUAAGAAACGAAAUGGCACAAUAUUUCUUUGACAUACAUAAAAGUGAUGGAAAAGAUAGAAUAUCUUUUACCCAUCCGAUAAGUUUAUCAACGUUUUUUCAAAUAAUCAAAAAAAAGAUACCCCUUUUAUCAUUAGAAAAAGAUAUUUCUAAUAAAUUGGACAAUUUUUGGGUUUCUAGAAACAAACAAAAAUUAAAUUCUAUAAAAAUUGAUUUGUUAAAUCGAAUUAAAAAUCUUGACAAACCAGUAUCAGUCCCCAAUACUAGAAAUUGAAACAACCAAAACGCGAUUAUGUAUACACAAUGAUGAGACUAGAAAAGAAUACUUACCAGAAGAGUAUGAUCCCUUGUUAAAUGGGCCUUCCCGCGGAAGACUAAAAAAAGAUAUAACGUUGAUAAACGAGACUUCGAUCAAAAAGUUGAG